AUGUUGAAUCUCCCCAUGGGUUUACUCAGAUCUCCGCUUUUUAAUUUACCCAUCUUCGCCUUUCUUGAUCUUGUCCACGCGAGAACGGACUUUCCAACCCCUCUAAGUGAUGUGCACCCACAGCUCAAGUCUGAUAAUGGUGUCACAUUUGACCCGCUGGGCGUCGCGGCAAUUCUCUAUAAUCAGCGAGCUGACCGGAGUGCAGCGAGACUAUAUACUCAGUAUGAUCGGAAUCUUUUUAUCUGGCCGCAUAUGACUAUGGUUGGGGGCACACUGCCGCCAAUGCAGAUGCUGGUUGAACGCCUCACGGCUCCUUUCAAGUGGAUCCACCCCGCGAUCAAAAUGUGUGCGAAGGACACAACGAUGCUUCCUAUUCGGUCCGAUAUUUCCGGCAAUGUUUUCCGGCAGCUACCUUACAAUUUGAGCAAUGUCUGGCUGAGCGAUGUCGUCUCAUUUGAGCCUUCGGAGCACCCUGGUAAUGAUUUUGCUAUUGUGUAUGUGGAUACAGUCCACAAAACGCCAAAAUCCACCGACGAGGGUCGUGAAAGCGAAAGUCAUGAAGAUGAGUUCAUUAUCUACUCACAAAUUGGGAACGUCCGGUGGCAGGCUGGAAAAUGGACAUUAAAUCUUCUCUCUUUCAUCAAUGGGGCAAUGGUCUUAACCGGGAUGGUGUUUGGGAUCCUGUUAGCAGAUCUGUGGGCAUUCACCCUCUUUCUCUUGUACAGCUGUCACUGGGGUGCAUCGGUAGCGAUCUCUCUGACUACCAUGGUCACGGUUCACACUCCUCGUCGGAUUGACCCUAACCCCAACGAUCGCUUUGCUGUUUAUGAGCGUGAAGAAGGCGGCACAGUGAUCUUCAAAGGACCACAGAAAAUACUUGAAACCUGGGCACGUUCGACAUGGGAGUAUAAUCCUACCUGGAGCAAAGACUGUCUACACUGGCUUUGGAUUCUCACGGGGACGAUGUCUGGAAUUGCCUCUGUUGCAUGUAUGGUGAAUAUGCAUGGCAGACUGCAGCUUGGGUUUCUGGGCGUGUUGGUAUAUUCUUCAGUGGCUGAAAUUGGGGCCACUAGGAUUGCACGUAUUCUUCAAACCAACGCCCGUGGUCCGAUUCACAAGGCCUAUGUUCGUGGAAACUCAACUCGAUCGUUGGCCAUCAUUCGGGCAACUCUCGAAACUACAGCUCGUUGUCGAUUAACCGGCCUGGACUGGAUUUCAAUGGGGUUACUCCCAGAUAUGUUGGUCUUCCGGGAGAUGCAAGCUCUUCUGGAAGAUAUCAACCGGAUACAGGGGAUUGAUCAAGAGAAUUUGCAAGAGUUGAGAGAUGACGAUCGCUCGGCCAUUAAAGCACGAUGUUCAUUAUUUCUUGAUCGUAUCACCGCAAACGACCCCGCGCGAGAAACACUGGCCCUCAGGAUACGGAAUGAAGUUUACGAGACCUUAAGACUGAGUGAAAACUAUCGGCUGGAGCACAAAGAUUGA